AUUUAAAGCAAUGAAGCCAGCCAAGAAAGUCAGCUUUGUGUCUACGAAUACUUCAGGUAUGAUGCAUGAAGUCUUGAGAGUUAAGCUUGUAAAAGAUUACUGUCAAAAAGCUCCUCUUCGGAGAAGACGCUCUCAAAUAGAGAUUGUUAAAAAGGAGGAUAAUGGAUCACCUUUAAAAAUGUAUAAGACUAAAACAUUCAAAAGAAUGUUCAACUCAAUGAGUGCUAUGUCAAAGAACCAAAGUCAGACUCCUAAGGUUGAUUUUUAUCCUAAAUAAGCAGACAAAGUUAGUACCCCCUGAUGGAAUCGAGAUUAAAUAUCCUCUCCGGUUAGAUGUGCAAUCUGUUGAAGAAUUCAAGCAAGAAAUUCUGAACACAAUCCAAAACUCUAAAGUCGCUAUAAAUGGCUUCAUGAUGAAAGAGAUUGAUAAAUAAGCUGACUCAGACUUUCUUCACCUCCAAAAAAUCCCAGUUAAAUAAGAAUAAAAAGAAGGGAAUUAAAGAGAAUAACUCAAAAUUAUAUGCUGUUUCUUCAAAUUCUGAAAUAAAGGAUUCCCAAAUUCUUCAUUCAGAAGUCCAGACUCCUGAUGAAAAGGCGUUCAAGAAUAUGAUUUAUUCGCAUUAUUACUCCAAAAUUCAGGAAUGUAAUGAAUAUUAUGAGAAACUUAUGAAGAAAUAAGCCUCAGACUGCACAUGAGCAGAAGAGGAGGAAACCCUUUUUAAUGACAUCUCCUUCUAAAAAGAAGAAGAAAUUACACAGACAGGGUUCUAUCAAGAACGCUCCUAAUUUUCAGAAUGAGGAGGUCAACGAUCUCCUCAGGUCUGGUAAGUUGAAAGCAGCAGGAAGAAGAGGCUCUCUGAUGAAGGUCAUUGAUGAGUCUAAGAGGCUUUUCUUACCAAAUCUAAGCAAGAGAAUGAACAAGAUUAAAAAUUACAGACUUUAAGCACAAGCAAGACCGUUUUACGUUUCAACGUUAUAUUUAGU